GCAGCUCAGUGUUAUUACCGCCACAGGAGGGGAAGGUCACUACGUCCAUCCCCAACCGUGGCUCCUUCGUAUUUCACCCUCUGGAACACUGUGAUGGUUCUAGACUUGAAGUGGGACUCAUAAUCCUUCCCUUAGUGCGUGCAGGUGUGUGAGGAAGACGAGAGGAAAGGAGCAAACGAGAGAGCAGGAUGGAUUUGUGCAGAGAAGAUGGAAGGAAGAGACGGCGGAGAGCUUCAUAUUUUUCGCUUUUUCUCGCCCUCAUUUCCUUCAUGGUGGUGGAGGCCAGCGGCGACGGCGGCGGGGGGAAGUGCAUCUGGUACGACCACUGCGGCAGCCUGACCUCGCGGGGGAACCUGAGUUGUGCGUACAGCGGCCCGCCCAAGCCACUCACCGGGGACGGCCUGGCUGCCCUGACGGAGGCGUGCCCGGAGCUGGUGGACGAGUACAUCUCCGAGGAUGGUCAGCUCGACACUUGCUGCAGCGACGAGCAGGCCAUCGCUCUCCGGCAGUCCACCAGCCUGUUCAAGCGCUUCCUCCUGCGGUGCCCGGCCUGCCUCAGGAACAUGCGCAUCCCCUUCUGCUACAUGACCUGCUCGCCGCGCCAGUCAGACUUCCUGGAGGUGGCCGAGAAGGUGCCCGCGAACUUCAAGGGCAAGGAAGGAAAAGAGAUGAUUAAGGACAUCAAGUUCUACAUGUCCAAGGACUUUGCCGACAAGAUCUACUCCUCGUGCCAGGAUGUGGGCAACCCCUCCACCAACACCAGGGUGAUAAGUCUGUUCUGUGGGGACUGGGGGGCUGCGCGGUGCACGGGGCCUCGCUUGUUUGACUACCUCGGGGACUUCAAGGAGAACUCUUACACGCCCAUCAACAUUCAGUACCAGUACCUGAAGGACCCCUCGGAGACCCCUGAGAACAUCCUGCCCCUCAACCAGACCGUGCAGCCCUGUGAUAAGGAGCUGGGGGAGAGCUUAGCGUGUUCCUGCGCCGACUGCCACAGCUCCUGCCCCAUCAUCCCAGACACCUGGGACGCGCCCGGCGAGCCAUGGAUCAUGUUUGGCUAUGAUGGCCUGGCGGUGGCGAUGGCCCUCACCGCGAUCCUCUUUUCCAUCACCUUCCUCGUCAUCUUCGCCUACUGCCACAAGCGUAACAAGAGAUACACAG